ACCCAUCAUAUUUACAAAGCAAUCCGUCAUGUUUGACAUGCAAGUUCUGAAUUGUUUUGCUUUCCAUCCCCUUUCGGUACUCUGUCUAUUUGUCUCUCUCUCUCUCUCUCUCAUUCCCGGAUAUACUCUCUUUGUUGUUUGCUUUGGAAUUGAAGGAAUUUCUGGGUUGCAUGUCAGAUGAAUUGGCCAGAUAACAGUGAUGGAGCUUGGUUUAGACGUCGUCCUGUUCAGAAUUUUAUUAGAGAAAGUGUGGUCCCUUCCUAAUGGGUGAUUGGCUAAAGUGGGCUUUAGUGACUGUUGUCCAAUUUGUCAUUGGUAAGCGUUUUUACGUUGCAGCAGGAAGAGCACUUCGAAAUGGUUCCACAAACAUGGAUGUCUUAGUUGUAGUGGGGACUACAGCUUGCUAUGUUUACUCUGUAUAUGCACUACUUUAUGGUGCAAUUUCUGGAUUCUGGUCUCCAACUUACUUUGAAACAAGUGCCAUGUUAAUAACAUUUGUACUUCUGGGAGAGUACUUGGAAACUCUUGCAACAGGAAAGACAUCAGAUGCUAUCAGAAAGCUCGUAGAACUGACUCCAGUGCCUACCAGGUUUUGUCGGUCAGAGAUGCGAUAUACUACUGGCAAAUGUGGAGGAGUCAUAGGUCAAAGAGAAAUAGAUGCUUUGUUGAUUCAACCUGGUGAUGUACUAAAAGUGCCUGGUGCAAAAGUUCCUGUUGAUGGCGUGGUUACAUGGGGUUCAAAUCAUGUUAACAAGAGUAUGGUAACUGGAGAAUCUGUUCUUGUUCUGAAAGAGGUCAAUUCAGUAGUCAUUGGUGGUACAAUCAAUUUACAUGGUUCGUGUCACGACCCAAAAUCCAACUAGUCGUGAUGGCACCUAACCUAUCCCGUUAAAUAAGCCAAUUUCCAACUAAUCAAUUUCACUAA